AUGAGGCCUUCUUUCGUCAGAGAUACUCUUACGCUCGUUUCACUAGCCCAACUCGCUGUUGCAGGCGGUCUUUAUACCCUCUCUGAUUCAAUCGUCGGCGAGGACUUCUACGACGCGUUCAACUUCGAAGAUAUCUCAGAUCCAACCCACGGCAGAGUGCACGUUUCCAACUAUGUUGACAGUGCGACUGCCCAACUACUCGGUCUGACAGUCGCUACCGCAAACAGUUUCAUCAUGCGUGCAGACGAUACAACUGUGCUCUCGCCAACCGGUCCUGGUCGAAACUCUGUACGCAUUCGCUCUAACAACGAAUAUACAACCCACGUUGCGGUAUUCGACAUAAACCAUAUGCCUGAAGGAUGCGGGACUUGGCCCGCUAUUUGGGAGACUCUGGAAGCUGACUGGCCGGAUUCCGGUGAAACCGACAUCGUUGAAGGCGUGAACAACGUGUCGCCAAAUCAAGUGCAUCUCCACACAAGUCCCAAUUGCUCGAUCCCGAGCAACAUCAGGCAACUUGGAACGGUUCUCACCACUGACUGCGAUGCGUCCGUUAACUACAACAGCGGGUGUGGUUCCGCUUUAUCGUACGCUCCUAACAGCUUCGGGCCAGCCUUUAACGCGGCCGGCGGUGGAUGGUACGCCCUCGAGAGAACGGACGAUUACAUCAGUGUGUGGUUUUGGAGCCGCGACAGCUGGUUCACUCCCGUGGAUGUGAGAUUGGGAUCCCCCGUCGUUGACACCAGUUUUUGGGGUACGCCUGCUGCGUACUUCCCAAACACCGAUUGUGACCUUGCCAGCCACUUCGGUCCGAACAAUAUCAUUAUCAACUUGACUUUUUGUGGAGACUGGGCCGGUAGUCCAGCAGUGUAUAACGCAUCGGGUUGCCCUUCUACCUGUGUCGGUGAGUAUAACCCGCAGGCCUUCAAAGAUGCUUAUUUCCAGUUUGCUUCCAUUAGGGUCUACCAGUAA